AUGGCAGCUGUUAUUCCAACAGUUACUAAAUUAUCAAAAAGAAUCAUAAGAAUUCUGGGUUGUAACCCAGGACCAAUGACGCUUCAAGGUACAAAUACAUACUUAAUUGGAACUGGUAAAAAUCGUAUACUUUUGGACACUGGUGAUAAAGACAUGACAGAAUAUCAGAAACAUUUAUCUGCAGUAGUAGGUUCAGAACAAGUAAAUAUUGAACACAUAGUGGUUACACAUUGGCAUCAUGACCAUAUAGGAGGAGUUGAGAAUAUUUUUGGGACAAUUGCAAAACAGCCAAAAGUUUGGAAACACAAAAGGGAUUCAGGUGACUCUCAUGACACAAACCUGUUACCAUGUCAUUUUAAUUGGCUUUAUGAUGGACAAGAGCUGACAGUAGAAGGAGCAACUCUUAAGGUUCAUCACACACCUGGGCAUACAACUGAUCAUGUGGUCUUGACUUUACAAGAGGAAAAUAUUUUGUUUAGUGGGGACUGUAUUCUUGGAGAAGGCACUGCUGUUUUUGAAGACCUUUAUACCUACAUGAAAAGCUUAAAUAGAAUAUUAGAAUUGAGUCCCAGUGUUAUUUAUCCAGGACAUGGAAAUAUUGUUGAUGAUCCUAUUGAAAAAAUUAAAUACUAUAUAGCACAUCGAACUCAAAGGGAAGAACAAAUUUUGGAAGCUCUUAGGAACAACUCCGAUAAACAAUUGAAUGAAAUGGAUUUAGUUAAGAUCAUCUAUAAAGAAACCCCAGAGCAUUUAUGGCCAGCGGCUGCAUAUAAUGUUAAUCAUCAUUUGACAAAAUUAGCCAAAGAGAAAAUAAUAAAAUGCCUAGAUAUAGAUGGGGAAAACAAAUGGCAGAUAGCUAUGACACAAAGCAGUUUAUAA